AUGGCGGUCGACAAGUCGCCCGAUAUCCUGGAACAUUUCAAGGUCGAAAAAUUAAAGGAAUGGCCCCAGCUGGACGCGGUUGCCUUGAUGGAGGAAUUAGCCAGAGAAGACAUUGAUGAAGCUGUGCAUGCAAUAUUAUUUAGAGAAAAUUAUGUUGUGAAGCGCUUGGAUACAUAUCUUAAGGAUAUAGACGCUCUUAAGGAAAGAAAAAAAGAGUUGUUACAUAAAAAGUGGACCGAAAAUGUUGCAACCCCCCUUCAGGAGAGCAUUAUAAAGAAAGUGCUUUCAUAUCGAGGGUUGAGAAAAAAGAAAGAAGAAAAUUUUGAAUAUUUUUUAAGCCACACAAGGAAAAAGGUCACAGUGCCAGCAUUUUCUGACCCUCUGUUUAAAAGCCAGCGAAAGAAGGAAGAAGAGAGGAGGGCUCAUCUGCAGUAUAAGACAGGAAGGCCUUAUUCUUCAAAGGAGUUUAAAGAACUGGAGAAGGCCAAGCAGUAUUCCAGAUUGCCCCAGUUCCCGUUUCCUUUCCAUGAUGCGGCUCCCAAGGAUCAGUCUAAAGCCUAUUUGAAGGCAGAGAGAAGCAAACUUCAGAGGAAUUACAGCCCUAAAGAUUUCUGCGCAGAAAGCAAGGAGCAGCCUGAUAAGGAGAAGAAGGGAUCCUGGGGCAGCCAGACUGCUUUCGAGCGCUCCUUCCAGGCGUCCCGGAUGGGCAGGCGGGCCCCCGACGGGAGGGGCACGAAAAUUAAAGUUGGAAAAAUAUCUUCCACAUCAUUAGCGUUCACAGUAUUUGAGGUGAUCCCGCUUGGAUCCCCAGAGCUGGGCGGAGAGAACGGGGACAUGGGAGCGGCGGAAGCGACGCGUCUGCUCGGGCUCCGUCCAGGGCGCGGGUGGACCCCCGGCCCGCGCCUCCUGAGUGGCUGCAGCCCACGGCGGCCGCAGGGCGUGGACUGGCUACAGUUUCCCCCUCCCCGAGCCCCGCACGGCGGGGCCCCGUUUCCACAUAAUACUCUGGCUAGCCCUGACGUGGAAACGGCCGCCGCACGGCCGGCCUGUGAGCGCUAA